AUGGUACUACACAAUCUUCUCAGCAAGGAAGGCGUUUCCGCCCUUGCGUAUACUGCUGAUGAUGCAUCUGUACCAUGGUUGUGUUUACUUAGGAUUGUGAAAUCGCACACGGACACCCAGCUUGGCUUGUAUCUUGAAUAUCCUCUGCCGCGUACUGGUGUUGACGACAAGCAACGUGUUUUUUUGCGCUAUGAAGGUGAUAACCUAGUGCCUGGCACGAUAUCGCUCACGAAGCUUGACAUCUCUCCCGCAGCUACAUUGCUCACUGAUAUAGGGCGGAACGGAAGUCAUCAGACCCGAUCACUGUCACUUACUUUGAAACAACCUUGUUCUGUAUGGCAUCGAAAAGAUGCUCCCAGUGUUUGUCCUGAUUUUCCGAAAUUGUUAAAAUUGGCACGGGCAAGACAAGUACGGAUUGUUUUUGACACCAACUGGCUUGGCACCAAUUAUUCAAGGUUUCAGUGCAUUUUCAAUGGUUCCAAGGAGUUCACUAGGGUGCCGGUUCUCCCAAACUUCACCAAUUUGUAUCGGCAAGUCGAGUGGUCAAUCCUCAGUUUGCUUCAGGAUGUUAUCCCGGAAGUUGAUACUUCCAUUGAGGGUGCGAGAGCUGGAGAACAUAUUGCCCAAGACAGGGCAACCCAAGACCCACCUCCGUAUCAGCAAGAGCCAGGCUUGGGCAAGCGCUCGAGAGACAAUGGCUCCAGCCCCACACACGAUACUCCUGCAACAAAGCGUUCUCGACAUCCUCCAUAUUCGCCUUCCUUAGAUUGCACUCCUCCUACAUCGCAGAUUAGCUCCACAUCUACUGUUCCAAUCAAUCUUUUCCAAGAGGCUGUCGCGUCCGAGGUUAAGAAGGCGCUCCCAGGUCUGUUGGCCGAAUAUUUUGGUGGCAUGCGUACAGGUCAUUCAUCGUCACCACACUCGUCACCAACACCACCGUACACUCGAAGUCCAAACGUCCCCACACGCUACGACCGAACCCUAAGCGGCUGUUUGACGCCUACCACAGAGAUGAAAAGAACCAUCACCGGCGCUUUUGCUCGGACAUUCGCCCAAGAUAUCGAUCGAGCCUUUGAGCAUGCCUCGGAGCAUGCCUCUGAGCUCUAUAACUCCGCCAGCAUCGAGAUAGAGGAAAUCGUUGCUAACGCACGUUCUGACUUGGCCAUGAUCAGCGAAGACCAAAAGUUCGAUUUCAAUGAGUACUGCAAUAAGCAGCUGGACGAGUUCGAACAACGUGUAGCAGAAGGAAAGGAGGAAGCCGAAGCAGAGGUUCUCGACACCUUCCUCGCAGCUUCGGAGAAUUGGGAUACAGCAAAACAGAUCGUCUCUGCAAAUAAUAAGCAGAGCGCGCUUAACAAAGUUCGCAGGGCGAUAUCUCUGCCGCUCCUGAAAUAG